GCACGGCGCCUCCCCCACUCCCUCCCUCUCUCUCUCUCUCUCUCUCUCUCUCCAUCAUCUCCGACCAAAGACAUUCGUCCCUCCCUUUCUUCUCCGGUUUCACACCACGGCCCAUCGAUCGGGCUCGCCACGACACGGCGGCGGCGACGGCGACGGCGUUGGAGGUGGCGUCGGCGGCGACGGCGUGGUGGAAUGACGUGAGUCCGCCGAGCGCGCGAUCCGGCCUCCCGUCGCUCGCGGCACCAUGGCUCGCCGCCUCCUCCCUCCUCUCUCGCCCUCCGUCCUCCUCCUCCUCCUCCUCCACGCUUGCUUGCUCGGCUUCGGUUCCGCCGCCCGUGUCGAGGCGAACCGCGGCGCGCCUCGUUUGACUCCCAUCGACCUCGAUCUCUACCAUUCCAGUGCUCGUUUGAUGGAAGAGAUAAAGGCUUUGGUCCGCCGUCAUCCGGAUAAACUUUCUAUGAAUAAUCUUAGAAGUGGGAAUAGAGGUUAUCGAGCAGAGCUAGCCGUUGUUACCUAUUGCCGCAAUUGUAGAGAAAGCAAUGAGAAGUCGAAGUUUCGGAUUCUUCUUAGUUUUGGACAGCAUGGAAGGGAGCUAAUUACAUCUGAAGUGGCUUUGAGGAUAUUGUCAAUCCUGACUGAAGAACAAUUCUUACCAAGUGUAGAUUCAGUUUCUUUAAACAGUUUCCUCGACAAACUCAUCAUAAAGGUAGUCCCAAUGGAGAACGUAAAUGGCCGUAGACUUGUUGAAGCAGGAGAUCUUUGCGAAAGAAGAAAUGGGAGAGGAGUUGACUUAAACAGAAAUUGGAGUGUUGAUUGGGGCAAAAAGGAGAAGGAUUAUGAUCCAUAUGAAGAAAAUCCAGGAAUUGGUCCUUUUAGUGAGCCAGAAUCUCAAAUUAUGCAGAAACUUGCAACUUCAUUCAAUCCUCACAUAUGGGUGAAUGUACAUUCGGGAAUGGAAGCUUUGUUUAUGCCCUAUGACCACAAAAAUACAACUCCUCUGGGCUUGUCUUCUACUCAGAUGACCUUAUUGCUGAAGGAACUGAAUGUUCUUCACUGCCAGAAUCGUUGCAUGAUUGGCUCUGGUGGAGGAUCAGUCGGGUAUCUGGCGCAUGGGACUGCCACGGAUUACAUGUACGAUGUUGCAAGGGUGCCCAUGGCUUUUACCUUUGAGAUCUAUGGAGAUGGAGCAGCAUCACCAAAGGACUGCUUCAGAAUGUUCAAUCCGACAGAUGUUAGCACUUACAACAGAGUUCUAAGUGAUUGGUCGGCAGCGUUCUUCACAAUCUUCAAGCAUGGCCCCCGAUACCUAGAGGAGAUCCACAUAAAAGACUCCAGACCGAGCUCAUUGGAAUCGAUCGAUGAGUAUCUCGAGGGGUACUUGAUGGACAGGAGCAGCAGGUACGGGAAGAAGAUGGAGGUGCUCGAUUUCGGUAUGCAAGAGAUUAGGACGUACUUCAGGCUUUUCCUGUUAUCGUUUGUGCUGCUAAUGUUCAUGUUCUGUUCUAGAAUUUCAAAGAGCAAGUUGAGUAGACCUGUUGUUCCUUCCGUGCCUGUAUGACACGUCAUGAUUUUGUUUUGUUUUCCUUUUUUCUCUUUUUUCUGUAUUUUCUGUUGGGCAUGGGUGGGCGACGUAUGUUAUAGUGCUAAGAGGAAAUGUUGCCGAUUUUUAACCGUGCAAGUUUAUUUUUUGUUUCCCCUUUGUAGAAGAUUUUGUAUCUGUUUCACGACGCAACAAUCUAAUUUAUAAGAAUCCAGUUGCAGACA